GAACUUGUUGCUGCCACGGGGCGGGCCUUAGAUGCGUGCUGGGGCGGGGGUGCACUUCAGUGCCUGGAAAGUCGAGUAAAGGAGUGGCGUAUUUAAUUCGGCGACGGAACCUUGCGCUUCAUCGCCUUUCCGUCGGGGAGAAGAAGGAGGGCUGAAAACCCCGUGAAUGAGCGCUGCUCCGGCGUGGUGGUUUGCGACUGAGAGAGUGCCAGCGAAGAGGGAAAAGGUUUGCGUAGGAAGCAGGGAUGGUGGACAACUCCGGCAGCAGCAAGGCGCAAAUGAAUGGGAGUGCGACCUGGAAUGAUGAUGCUGACGGUGGCAGAGGAAGAGGAGAAGCGUCCAGAGACUUUGCCAAACUAUAUGAAUUGGACAAUGACCCAAACCGCAAAGAGUUUUUGGACGACCUGUUCACCUACAUGCAAAAACGAGGAACCCCCGUCAACCGCAUCCCAAUCAUGGCCAAGCAGGUGCUGGACCUCUACAUGCUCUAUAAGCUGGUGACCGAGAAGGGCGGCCUAGUGGAGGUCAUCAACAAGAAGAUAUGGAGGGAGAUCACCAAGGGCCUGAACCUGCCCACAUCCAUCACCAGCGCGGCCUUUACACUCCGCACGCAAUAUAUGAAGUAUCUCUACCCCUACGAGUGUGAGAAGAAAGGACUGAGUUCUCCUGGAGAGCUGCAGGCGGCCAUUGACAGUAACCGGCGAGAGGGACGGCGCCCCAGCUACAGCACCGGCCUGUACCGUUUCUCCACGUCUCCAGGCACUGCCCCCCACAUCCUUUCACCCCCUAAGAUGCAUCUGCCCUCAUUAGGGGGCGGGGCUUCUGGUGGGCCCAAUGGGCUGCAGGCGUCCCCUGGCCCAUCGCUCAAAAAGGUCACAGACGAGGCGCCCCUCUCCAUGCUUCCCGGCCGGCUGCCUGUGGCCAUGGCCCUCAGCCAGCAGCACUUGGCACGCGCCUCUACUCUGGAGCAGCUGCGCGACAAGCUGGAGACUGGCGACGGGCCGGAGCGCAAGAUGGUGCGGCUGGCGGAGGAGCAGCAGCGGCUCAUGCAGCAGGCGCUGCAGCACAACCUGCUGGCCAUGGCGUCACAGGUGCCCAUGGGGCUGCAGCUCAGCGCCGCCAGCCGUGAAGACAAGCAGGACCUGGCGCUGAGCAUCACCUCCACCGGAGCUGCCAGCAUCAGUGUGUCUGUGGAGGUCAAUGGCACACUUUACUCCGGAAUGCUGUUUGCCCAAAGAUCUGUGGCAGCUGUCAACACAUCAGCAGCACCAGCACCCCCUGCUGGUCCCGCUGGGGCUUUCGGAAUACUCUCCUCUGCUCACAGCCCCAGCCUCUCCUCUGCAUCCUCCUCCUCCUCCAAGGGGCCCAGUUCUGCUGAGCCCUCUGCUAGUGGUUCUCCGUAGCUACGGGCAGCCCGGUCAGCUGACCCUUGGCUGAGGUACAGUGCCACCCAGCUGAGAAGCCGCGCAUUUCUCUGAAUGAUCAACUGAAUUUAUGGAAACGAAACUGUCGCACAACAAAUACCUCAUUGCCCCUGUCAACAUAGUCUGGGCGUACCUGUGGACAUCAGGCUCUAUACUUGCUUGCAUACACAAACAAAGAACCAAACACACACAUACUCCAUACACACGUACACAACACACUCUGAAAAGCUCACUACAGCAGAAAGUAAACACUCACUGUACAGCCAAAAUUGACGACAGGUACUCAUAACUUGAAGUUUUAUUUAGUUUUGCCAUUUAUUUCCUUAGAAUAUACGAUUUUAACACAUUUGUCUGCUUUACCUCAAAUAAGAGUGUUUUAGUCUAAUACUCCUUCUAUACUAUACCUCAGGGACAAUGAUACACCUGUGUUUAAAUAACAGGGUUACUUUUAUAUUUAAUUACUCUUAUAUCAGCAGAAUAUAAUCCUUGGCCAGUACUGUACAGAAUAACAGCUCAGGACAUUUUAGCCUUGAAAUUAAGGGGCUCUAACUGAGUGAUCGUUUAAUUAUAUAAUUAAAAAUGGAUCUUUUGCUCUUUAUGCUCUGCCCUUCAUCUACCCAUUAAGUGCUCAAAAUAAUCUCUAAGCAGAAGCACAGAUGAUUCCAGUUGCAUAAACCCAUUAGAGUUCAGUGAGGUAGAGCCCCUUAUUUCUUAGUUGUCCAAGUGUUUCGAGAACCUCUAAUGAAGAACUGCUGUGACCGGAAUCUGCAGGCACUGUUUUAGGUAGCCAUAUUUUGAAAAGCUCUGCUCACUGGAGUUUCAAGAUGCAAUACCAUAUUGCGCCUAAUAUAAGCUCCCUGUCAGCGAUUACUGGGGGACAUACUAAUGAAUCUUGUCACUGCUGUUUUAAAGGAACAGAAAGCUUCACAUUUAGGACAUUUAGUCAGAUGUUACACACAAACCUACCAAAUCACGGUGGAAUGCCGGGUUGGCAAGGGCCUAGUAGGAGGGGUUACAGACACCCGUCCGUAUGAUGUCAUGCCCGUUUAGACUUUGUUGCAUCCAUCCAUCCAUUCAUCUGUCCCUUCCUGUAGCGUCUGUCAAUCAUCAUCAAUAGGGUGGAGGAAUGCUUAAAAUGGUGCCAUGCGUUUUUACGCCGUGUAUUACAAAUGUGGGGAAAAACAUCAAAAUAUCUGAAGCUCAAGACAGGAUCUUCGUCUCGUGGUGGGACCAGGGAUUUGUGUGUGACCGUUCAUACAUUUCUGACCUCAGGUUUGCCUUUCCAUAUUGGUAAAGGUGGUGUCUCAGGAAUUACCGAGCUGUCUCUGUGGACUGUUUUCAGAAAAAAAGAGAAUUUUUCAAUAAUGUACAGCUGGAUAAGACCAUGCAAAGAAAUACCUCUGGCAAUCUGACACAUCACUUCUGCUGAAAUUUCUGGACAUUUGAAAGAAUCCAGCAGUGGACAUGUUCAUCAGGAAUGUGCCCCUAUUAAUGUGAGAUGUUACACAAAUGAAACGUCUGGUUCUGCUACAGUCUGGUGGAGCUCAAUCCUCCACUUUUUGAUGUCAUCUUCAGACUAUUGUGUAAGUGAAUACCAAAGACCAGCCCAUUUAUUUAAAUUUUUUAUCAUCCCUGGGACCUGCUGCCCACCCCCGUGUGAUAUCACUUGGUGUCAUCGUUUGGGAUAAUGCAGUUUGUGCCGAUGCAGUGGACUUAAAGGUCAACAUUAUGCAGUAGCUCAGCUAACUGCCCUGCUUGGUCAACUUUUUUUCCUCCUCAUUGUGGUCCUUCUGGUGUCAUUUGAUGUCAGUGUGCAUUUUAUUAACUGUUAUAAUUUUGUGUGUGUGUGUGUGUGUGUGUGUGUUCUAGUUUGUGCAGCUGUGUGGCUUUCCGGAGUUGAUGCUUAGUAUGACUUGGGGUGGGGGGGGUGAUUCUGCCCCUAGUGCAGCUGCACAUGGACAGAUGGUUCCCACUGGCCACUGAGCACAUCAAACUGCUGAGAAGCUGCAUUUUGCAAACCCGAUAUGGCUGCUGCUCUUUCUCUGGUGAUGCUGUUCCUCAGAGGCGUAUUUACUGAACUCCUUUUCCUUCGUCGACUUAAAAACGCACGUUUUGGCUUUUAAGAUUGAGAGACGGGCAUCUCCCUGCUCCUUUGGCACGUUGAAGUCCUGGAUUGUGUCUCCGGUGCAACCCUGACUGGUCUGUAAUCUCCACACGCAGGUCAGCAAGAUGCUGUGUAAGGCUGAGUGUGUUUCUGUAGUUUUGACCUGUUGAGAUUCACUCAGGCCUGCAUAAAGUAGGUUUCAGGAUGGCAUAGACCCACCUCGCUGGGUUGUAAUGUCACAAAAUAAUGCCGUGUGUGUGUGUGUGUGUGUGUGUGUGUGUGUUGCUUUUUUGUGCUUCUCUUAAUAAUGGAGAGAACUGACCUGCCCACCUACCUCAGUACAGAAGACUGGAGUUAUUGUUUUUAGGGACAAUAUGGCCAUUUGUGGGUUUUAGUUAAAUGAAGUUGUGCCGUGGGCAUUGUACUACAAGGAGAGGCGCGCCUUCUCUGGGAAAGACAACGGUACUGCCAUGGCUAGUUAUAUGGGUAUUUGUUUGCUUGCUUUCUGUCUUUCUCUUCUUGGUUAGGCGAUAUUGCUCAGGUAACCAUAAUGGUAACAUUCUGCAAACAUUUUCUACGUGGUUUGCUUGGAUUUUAUAUAUAUUUUUUUUAAAAGGUAAAUAUACCAUGAUAUAUGUAAAGCAAUUACAUAUGCAAAUGCUUGAAUACCUCACCAAAUACCUCAUAUCAAACAUUUUGUGUGUGCGGCGCUCCAGUGAAACGUCAGUGGAGUUUGUGCAUAUGUCUUUUUAUCAUUAUUACUAUCUGUGAUAAGCCAAAUAACAAACACACGUGGAUGCUUGUGAAACUGGUUUGUGCCGAUUUGUAAAGUGUAUUUAAAAGUGCAGCACUUUCCCCAAAGGUUAUUUUUAACACACUCAGUUUUGUUCACAUUACUAAUGUGAGGAUGUGGUUCUCAGGGCUUAACAUGUAUGUCAUAAAGUAACUUUUUAUCCUA